UUGAAGACUUAAAUGUCUGGUGUUGCAUACCAUUGUUACAUUCAUCAUUAAAAUAAAAAAAUUUACUCGUAUUAUCUAUUGCUGCAAAAAGGUCAUUAUUUUUGAAAAGAAUGUUUUACGUACUGCUGUAUGAUGCGUACUGUAUAACAGUACCAGCGAUAUGGAUGAAUCUACAGCAAGAUACAUUUCGAAUGCCGAAAAAGUGUAAACAACUUACUGUAGCCUGUAUCAAACAGAUGUUGCCUUGUGUUGACUGGAACACAUUAGCAUUUCAUAAGAAAUUUGGUCCUUAUGAAACGUAUCAACAAGCACGAUCGAUUGAAAAAGCAAUAAGUGAAAUGUCAGCGUCAGACGACAAUAUCGUUAUACCGAAAGGAAAUUCAGAGAAUUCCCCGAAAAAGAGACUUAUAAAAAAGCCGAAAUUAUACGAUGAUAUAUCGAGUAGUGAUGAACCAAAACGAGACAACAUUACAAUGCCUUCGAAUUACAUUCCAAUAGAAAGUGAAUAUGUACUUGAUCCAUCGAACGAACUUAAUAAAUCAUUGAUCACUAAGCCAGCAUACGAAUGCACUGAAUUAAAUGACGAGGAUUCUAAUUUGGAAUCAGUCUUUGAUGGAUGGGUAAAUGUAGUGAACAAGAGUAAUUUAAAUUCAUUAAGCAAAGAGAUAUCGGAAGCAAGUAAAAAUAUGUUUCCAAUGCAACAGAAACGUGCAGCAUUAGAACCACCUGUAGCAUCAUCAUCCGAGAGAUCAACUGGUCGACCAGUAAUAUUAUCAGACGUGAUAAUUCAUCCUAUCGCAAAUAAUAUCACUUGUGAAAUGAAUUUUAUCGUGAAGGAAGUGAUGGUGUUGAGAAACGGAGCCAUUCUCUCAUUACAUUUUGACAUGUAUACCAUGCCAUCGAAUUUCUUAACAAAAUUCGAAAAGGAUUGCGUUUUCUGGCUGAGUGCUUAUCAACUUGGAUUAAAAUGGGAAGAUGGGAUGAUUCCGUACAGCAUGGUGGAAAAAAACGCCUGA